AGGGGGGGAAGGAGGAAGUGGGGCGACCCGCGGGGCGCCGCUGCCGCUCCGGUAGCCGCGGGGCUCGGGUCAGCGGCAGCCGGCGGGCAGAGUCCUUCCCGCGGCGUGCGGGCUGGCCGCCCUUGAGGGCGGGCUUGCGCUCCGGUGCCGCCGCGGAGAGGAGGCGGGCAGGCAGCGGGGGAGCGCCCCGCCGGGCCGCGGCGUCUCGCCGGGGAAGUUUGGUGCGGGGCGGGAUCCCGCCGCCCUCCCCCAGGCUUCCCGCCGGCUGCGGAGGUGGCGCCGGGCAUGAACGGCUUCGCCCCCGAGGAGGUGACCCAGCGCGGGGCGGACCCCGCCGCCGCCGCCGUAGCCGCGGUGGGCAACGCGGGCUCCGCCGUGGAGGUGGUGCCGCCGCCGCCGCCGGCGCCGCCGGGGCUGGGUCCGGCCGCCGCCGCCGCGGGCUCGGCGGGCGGCGGGGGUGCGGGCGGCCCCGGGGCCGGGCAGCUGUGCUGCCUGCGGGAGGAGGGCGAGCGGUGCGGCCGCGCCGCCGGCAACGCCAGCUUCAGCAAGCGGAUCCAGAAGAGCAUCUCGCAGAAGAAGGUGAAGAUCGAGCUGGACAAGAGCGCAAGACAUCUGUAUAUUUGUGACUUCCACAAAAACUUAAUUCAGAGUGUGAGAAAUAGAAGAAAGAGGAAAGGCAGCGAUGAUGAUGGCGACUCACCAGUGCAAGACAUCGACACUCCAGAGGUUGAUUUAUAUCAGUUACAAGUAAACACACUUCGAAGGUACAAAAGACACUUCAAGCUACAGACCAGACCGGGACUUAACAAAGCACAGCUCGUUGAAAUAAUUGGCUGCCAUUUUAGGACAAUUCCAGUGAAUGAAAAGGACACCUUAACAUAUUUCAUCUACUCUGUGAAGAAUGACAAGAACAAACCAGAUCUAAAGAUGGAUAGUGGGGUUCAUUAGACAGAAAAAGUUGGGACUGAGACUCAGGCUGCAAAUCAAAAGACUGAGGGUUUUUGUUGAUAUGCAAAAGCUUUCUUUGUAACUUUUUUUUUCCCAGAGAGUUUGUCUCUUAUUUUUCAUAAUCUUGCUGAUUUGUUUGAAAAAACAUCUCUUAUGAAACAAAUUUCCUCGGCAAAAGUAUUUUAAAUAAAUAUCACUGAUAUUGUUGCUCAA